CACCCCCUGCACAUUGCGGAUAUGACGUCAACGCGCUGCAAUUCAAACUUCAGGAAACGAAAGCGUUUGUUAGAAAACGGUCUGUUUUUGAACAGACUAGGUUUCCGGGGAUAUCUUCAGUUCGCUUUAUCUAAGCCCUGGUUACAUCCUCAACACCGACAAAGCAGCCAUGACCUCUAAAGGUACCAAAGAGAGCAUCGUCUCCAAGUUGGGGUUCAAAUCCAGCAGCUCUGCCUCCAAGGCUGAGGCGGAGCUGGAGAAAGUCAGGAAGGAGAACGCUCAACUCAGGAGAAAGAUUGAUGAACUGGCCAAACGACACAUCAAACCACCCGACUCCGACAAAAGCAAGCUGCUGGAGAGGAUUCUUUCCCUUGAGACGCUCCGAGAGAGAAACAAUCAGCAGUUGCUUGUUAAAGAGCAGGAGCUAGAAACACUGAGAAAGCAGCUGACAGCUAGAGGAGGAGAGGUGGUAGCAUCACUGCAGGCCCAGCUGGAGCAGCGGAGGAAGGAGGCUGAGCAGAGAGACAUGUUGUUCCAGAGCUUGUCACAGGAGACAGAGAACCUGAAAAACCAGCUGGUCACUGUUUCUACCCGAUGCCAGUCCCUGGAAACACAGGUGGGGAAUGGACAGGUACCUCCUGCAGACGUGGCAUUGGUACAAGAACAACUGCGAGACGCUCUUGAGAAGAACCAGCAGUGGCUGAUGUACGACCAGCAGAGAGAGGCCUACGUCCAGUCUGUCCUCACCCGCACACAGGAGCUGGAGCAGCAGCAGGCCCAGGCAAAGCAGCAACAAACCAAACAAGAGGCCAGUUCAGAUGCUCCUGCCAAUUCAGCAGGUCCAGAAAAGGAUCUUCAACUGAAGAGCCACUAUGACCAGUUGCUGUUGGGUGUACAAAAAGACCUGGAGAACCAAAAAGAUCAGGUCACCAGAACCCAGCAGGAGCUCUAUGUGCAGAGGGAACAGACCUUGAACGCUCAGGCUGAGCUGCAGUCUCAGAAGGAGCAGGUCGCCAGGCUCCAGGAGGAGAUGUCAACACUGCAGAGGAGGUAUGAGGACAAGUGCGGCGAGCUGUCGUCCUUCCUGAGGAAGUACAAAGAGAAGAGCAAAGAGCUGGAGGAGACUAAGAUGCAGCUGCAGGCAGAGCGACUCAGCAACAGACAUGAAGUGUGUGAGGAGAGAAAGGUGUCAUCUGAGCGGGCAGACAGGAUGAGAGUGGAACUGGAGAGCAUGGACAUCAGAUUGGAGGAGGAGAGGAAGAGAUCUGCUGAACUUCUACUGCAGGUAAACAUGCUGCAGAAGUCUCUUCUCAGCCAAAAUGAAGAACAGAGGAGAAUUGCAGCACUGGAGCAACAGAUCCAACUCUCUGCCAAGGACUUUGAGAAAGAAAAGAUUGAUCGGCACAGCAUGCAGCACCAGUUACAUAAGGUGCUGAAGGAGCUUCGCAAGGCCCGAGAUCAGAUUGCUAAACUGGAGUCUGCUAAACCGCCAAACACCCGUUUCUCAGAGCCCAGCUCCUACAACGGCCUUGAGUUUGAGCGUCUUACUAUCAAUGACCCUCCUGGUCCAACAUCUCCCUCUAAAGUCACCAACCUCCUGGAUGAGAGUUUCCUGGAGUGCCCCAAGUGUCGGACCCCCUAUCCCACCAGCCGCCACAGGGAGCUCCUGGCACACAUUGACUACUGUUUUGCCUGAGCUAAAAGUAGAGUCUAGAUCAGUGGUUCCCAGCCUGGGUGGUGGGACCCCUCCUCACCCAAGGGGGCAGCAAGAUAGCAAAGCAGAACAUUUAUGCUACACGCAGUUCUUUUAUUAUUUCUUUUUUACCUCUCCAGACCUCUAAAAUGUUUUCAAAUGGGGGUGUCACUAUUUAGUUAACCUGGUCAUAUAGACAAUCUACAGUCUGUGACAAUGGGUAACAAGUAGACAUUGCUUCCUUUUUUAAUGGGUCACAAACCAAAAGAGUUGGGAACCACUGCACUGGAUCAUAAGAUCCAUUUAGGAAAUGUAGUCCCUCCAGUUUAUUUUAAACACCUGUCUGGGUUAGAAUGAAAAUCUGAAAGCCAUGACCAAGUAGUUUUAGACUAUUCAAUAUGUUUCAAUUUGAAAAACAACACUGAUUCCACAAACGCAGCACUUUUGUGAACAGCAAAGGUGAAUUUAAUUUUCAAAAGCUGAUUAAACUGCAAAGUGGCUGAGACCUCAUGCAAGAUGAUUAGUUUGAAAUACUACUCCUGCUGUCAUAAUGAUCACUGGACACAAAUGUAUGAUACAUUCACUAAGCAUGAUAGUGUGUGUGCAGUUCCCAUAAACAAGGUUCAUUUCAUCACUGCAAUAGGCUGUGGUGAAUUGUCUUCACUCCAAGAGAUAUUCAAAUAAUAUUUUGCUUCAGAGUGGAUUAACAUCCAAACAGUUGGAAUGCCUUCGUUCUUAGUAAAUACACAAGUAAAAAUCUAACUUUUUUAUUAUUAUUAUUAUUAUUAUUAUUAUUAAAUGGGAAUCAAGGGACAUUUAAAUCACCUUUUUAAAACUACUAGUCUGUUUCAUGCUAUAUGAGUAUGACAAUUUCAAAGAAUGUACUCCCUACUUCUUUUUGACCUUAGAAUACCAUCAGGCCAAAUAUUGAUAUUAAUUUCUGAAUCAUCAUUUAUUGAAAAAGAACUCGUAUUCCUUCAUUUGUUUAUUUCUGGGGUCUUCCUGCUGAGUGCAGUUGUAUUUUUCAGUUUGUCUUUUUAUGAAGCUCUUAGUGAAUUCUAUAAUUAUUGUGUGUAUUUGUUAAAAUUAUUUAUUCUUGGGUUGUUUUUUAUAAGUGAGCUACUGUUUGUUUUAGAUUAUGAAAGAUUUUAUUUUCCUUCAGUUAAUGUAAGUAAUGAUAAUUAUGUAUUACUGUACAAUGUUCUGCAUAUAUGGCUAUAUAUAUAAUCAUGGGAGGCACCUUUUUAUUUUAUUUUGCAUAAAAGUUUACUAACCUGCCUCAUAUGUUCUACACUGUUCUUUCACUCCUAGUUUCAGUAAUCCAUUCCUUUGGUGGUUUUGUGUAAUAUUGAAGGCAUAUUUGCAUUGUUCUGAAGAGAGAGAAAUCACCCCUAAGCAGCAAUCGUCAUUGGCCAUUUUGACAGUACUGAGGUGAAGGACAAAAUAAUAAGGGAAAAUAUUUCUGCGUUCCAGCUUUUUUGUGUUCUUGAAUACCUUCAGUCAUAAUUGUGGACAAAACUGUCCAUCUGAUUUAGCUGCCAUGUGUUGCUUUUUAAGUUCCUAGUGGUUGUGUUCCAUUACAAAGUGUAGCGUUUUUUCUCUGUCUAGUGUCUUGCAAACAGUUGGACAAACCUCGCUGAACCAUGUGACUGUAACCAUGACCAAGAUCUUGCCUGAACUUUACCAGACCUUAAACAUACUGCACCGGGGAGAUUAACGGGUCACAUGGUGCCAGCUCGACCGCAUAUUCUUCCCUGUUCGAGUAAAGCUCACUUCUGUCUCCACCUUGACUUUUGAAGCCUGCAGCCCUGUGAGGCUUGAAUGAGAUUGCAUGAGUUAAUUCCUUGUGCUAAACUAUUUAAGGCAGGGGAUUAGUGAAGGUCCUCUUGGUAGGGGAAAGGGGGGUUAAGAUGCCUUUAUUCCUGCAGCUUGGUAAUGUGACUAGAUAGACAGACAGACACCGCUAUACUGUCAUCUUUUAGAUAGUUGUUUUGUUUUAACUUAGGCCAUGUGUCUUUUUAAAAAUGCGAGCCGAGAAUCACAUUGUUUUGACCAACCUUUGACCAUUUAGUUGUUUUGGGUUGGGUUUUUUUUUUUUUUUUGGUCAUCUUUGUUUUAUUCUAAUCAUGUGCUCCAAAGGUGUUUUGCCAUGUACUGUACAAAAAUGUGCAAUAAAGAUGUAAGUGUA